CAAAACACAGCCAUCCGACCCAACGAGUCGCCGAGUAAACUAUCUCUCUCUCUCUCGACUCGCUCUCCCGCCGCCCCAUUGUGUCACAAAGCUGAAAAGCCUCCACCUUCUUCUUUUUUUUUUCACCAGUUUCUGUUUUCUUCCCCAUCUCUCCGGUAAUCAUAAGAGCUUUUGACGCCAGAGCUGGCCUGAAACCGUCAGGCUGUGAGUUCUGUUCAGCCACUGAGGCGAGCGAGCUAGUUGGGCUUCUUCCGCUUUUAAUUUUGGCGAUUGAAUACACUGGUUUCCGCAGGCGGGAGUUAUGGCGUGGAAAGUGUUUGUCAAAAUGCCUCAGUUAAAAAAAAAAAAAAAUUGAACCCCCAAUGAAAAAGUGAAGCGUUUUGUGAGAGGUGGGUGGGUGGUACUGAGCCUGUGGCCGACUUUAUGAAGGUCAAGACGGGUAAUAACUGAAACUGUGACAAGAGGGCACGAGGCCGUCUGUUUGUGAGUGGUGUAUAUAUUGUAUACAUAUAUAUUGAGUUGUGUGUCGAAGGUGGGAGAAGAGGAAAAAAUGGACGGUUUGCUGGGUAGAAGGAUGUUCAACGUCUCUGUUUGUGGGCAAGAUGAGCUGGAGCAUAUAUCAAGAGAUGGCAGCCAUUACAGCCUCUCGACUGGGAUACUUCCAUCUCUUGGUGCGAGGAGCAACAGGAGGGUCAGGCUCAAGAAUUUCAUUAUCUCGCCUUAUGAUCGUCGUUACAGGAUAUGGGAGACAUUUCUCAUUGUCUUGGUCAUUUACACAGCAUGGGUAUCACCUUUCGAGUUCGGAUUUCUUAGAAAACCAGAGGGGCCACUCUCAAUAACCGAUAACAUUGUGAAUGGAUUCUUUGCUAUUGAUAUCAUUCUCACCUUCUUCGUGGCUUACCUCGACAAAGCGACUUACCUUCUUGUGGACAACCGAAGACAGAUUGCUUGGAAGUACACGAGGACAUGGCUGGCCCUUGAUGUUAUUUCCAUCAUCCCGUCUGAACUCGCAUGGAAAAUCUCCCCUAAACCAUUCAAGUCCUAUGGCAUGUUUAACAUGCUCCGCCUAUGGCGUUUGAGAAGAGUUAGUUCCUUAUUUUCCAGAUUGGAGAAAGAUAGGAAUUACAACUACUUCUGGGUUCGAUGUGCCAAGCUCAUUUGUGUCACACUUUUUGCUGUGCAUUGUGCGGGAUGCUUCUAUUAUCUUAUCGCUGCUCGCUACCACAACCCAGAAAGAACAUGGAUUGGAGCAUCUCUUGGGAGUGACUUUCUAGAAAGAGGAUUAUGGCUUCGAUAUGUGACUUCAAUGUACUGGUCUAUUACUACUCUUACAACUGUUGGCUACGGCGAUCUGCAUCCUGUGAACACAAGAGAGAUGAUAUUUGACAUCUUUUACAUGCUCUUUAACCUCGGGUUGACUGCAUACUUGAUCGGUAACAUGACCAACUUGGUUGUUCAUGGUACCAGUCGAACCAGGAGAUUCAGGGAUACUAUACAAGCUGCUUCAAGCUUUGCUCAGAGGAACCAGUUACCAGUGAGGCUACAAGAUCAAAUGCUUGCACAUUUGUGUUUGAAAUUCAGAACAGAUUCAGAGGGACUGCAGCAGCAGGAAACUCUUGAUUCCCUUCCGAAAGCCAUUCGGUCAAGCAUUUCACAUUACCUGUUUUAUUCUCUUGUGGACAAAGUCUACCUGUUUCGUGGGGUCUCAAAUGACUUGCUUUUCCAGUUGGUUUCAGAGAUGAAAGCUGAAUACUUCCCUCCCAAAGAAGAUGUGAUUUUGCAGAAUGAAGCACCAACAGAUUUUUAUAUACUCGUCACUGGUGCCGUGUCUUCUGCUGCUGACAUUUCCCUUUUACUUCCUAGGAUCUACUGGUUCUCAAGAAUGGAGUGGAACAGGCAAGCCCUGCACCUUAGAAAUGUGGUUGGGGAGCUUAAAACAGGUGAUCUUUGCGGUGAGAUUGGAGUACUUUGUUACAAACCACAGCUGUUUACGGUGAGGACUAAAAGAUUGUGUCAGCUGCUUCGAAUGAACAGAACUACAUUCUUGAAUAUCGUUCAAGCCAAUGUUGGAGAUGGGACAAUCAUAAUGAACAAUCUUCUACAGCAUUUGAAAGAUCUUAAGGAUCCAAUAAUGGAGGGAGUUCUGCUUGAGACAGAGAACAUGCUGGCUCAUGGAAGAAUGGACAUUCCUCUCAGCCUAUGCUUUGCUGCAAUGCGGGGAGAUGAUCUCUUGCUGCACCAGCUACUCAAACGUGGUUUGGAUCCAAAUGAAUCUGACAACAACAACAGAGCAGCCCUGCACAUUGCAGCAUCGAAAGGAAGCGAGAACUGUGUGCUUCUUCUGCUUGAUUAUGGUGCUGAUCCCAACUGCAGAGACUCGGACGGCAACGUGCCACUGUGGGAGGCCAUUAAAGGCUGCCACGCCGGAGUAGUGAAGCUGCUUCAAGAAAACGGCGCCACCAUACAAUCAGGAGAUGUCGGCCACUUCGCGUGCACUGCAGCGGAGGAGAACAACCUCGACCUUCUCAAGGAAAUCGCCCGCCACGGAGGUGACAUCACGGCCCCCAAGACCAGCAACGGCAGCACAGCGCUCCACGUCGCAGUCUGCGAGGACAAUGCCGUGAUCGUCAAGUACCUUCUCGACCAAGGCGCCGACGCGGACAAGCCGGACGUCAAUGGGUGGACGCCUCGCGAUCUGGCCGACCAACAGGGCCACGAGGAGAUCCAGAACAUGUUCAUGACGUCGAGCAAAGAACCAAAAGAUCAUCAUCAACAGCCACCGGUGGUGAUUUCGUCGAUACCGGAGAAGCAAGAGAACGGGAUCAGGUACCUAGGGAGGUUCACGAGCGAGCCAGCGAUCCACCCUGUCGUGGCGAGCGACGAGGACAGUUCGUGGAGCUCGAGGAGGGCGAGGAGGAAGACGAACAACUUCCACAACUCGCUGUUUGGGAUGAUGUCAGCAGCUGCGCAGAACGGGGAUGGUAAUGGCGGCAAGGAAGGAGCCCUGUUUUCGGUGGGCAAUGGGAAUGGAAGCCAAGCGAGCAGGGCGGCGAGAGUGACGAUAAGUUGCCCGGAGAAGGGAGGCGAUACGAGGAAGCUUGUGGUGCUUCCUAAGACGUUUCAGGAGUUGCUUGACUUGGGGGAAAAGAAAUUCGGGAUCAGGGUUGGUAAGGUGGCGACUAUGGAUAGGGUUGAGGUCGAUGAUAUUGAGGUGAUUAGGGAUGGUGAUCAAUUGAUGCUUGUGAGUGAAGGAACGAUUGAGGGUACUGAUACUACUAAUGAUACGUGAUUGAUGAUUGGCAAUUGUAACCUUUGCAAGUGUAUAUAGUUUGAGUUGUGAUGAUGGGGAAAUGAAGAAGGUGUUCAGUCCCCAGUGUUCUUUUGGUGUUCUUGUUUGUGUUCUAUCCUCUCUUAUGAUAAUGAAAGUGCCUUCCUUUUGCAAAGAGAUGCAAAUCCAGCAA